GGAAACAACUUCCUUAAAAAUAAUUUUUUAUAAAGUUUAAGCUCAGAUACAUGUGUUUGUUAAAUUAUAUUAAAAGCUCAAUUUCAUAUACAUGGGAUUUUAUUUGAAAUUUUAAACAUUAAACCAAAAUAUGGAUUUAAAGGAAGAAGUAGAAGAGAUGGAGAGACAAACUGUUAUCAGUGUGGAGGGUAUGACGUGUCAGUCAUGUGUCCAAAGUAUUGAGUCAACUAUUUCCAAAAUGAAGGGAAUCAUCAAUAUCAAGGUGAUCCUGGAUUCUGGUGAGGCUCAUGUCAGUUACAGUCCCACGGAGACGUCCCCACCGAUAAUAGCUGAGAGCAUUGAUGAUAUGGGGUUUCCUUCUAAGGUCAAGACGGUUUCACCAAUAGCAGAAAGUGCUGGACGCAUUUCACCUCUCCUAGAGGCUACCAUACAUGUUGAUGGAAUGACAUGCAUGUCCUGCGUCAAGAGUAUUGAGGGAAAUAUAUCAAAGGUUGAUGGAAUUGAAAGCAUUAAAGUCAACCUUGAAGGAAAGCAGGCUUACGUUCGCUAUAAUGCUGUGAAGUUAACACCCGAUGCUAUUGCAGAUAAGAUAAGCGACAUGGGUUUUGAUGCCUAUACGGCUAGGAAGUCCAAUUCCUUGAUAGCAAGAAUCCAUGUAGAAGGAAUGACAUGUCAGAAUUGCGCCAAUACGAUCGAGUCUUUUGUCAAGAAGAAGGAAGGCGUAGAGGAGGUACGUGUCUCGUUACAAGAUAAAGAGGCUUUCAUCAUCUACAAGCCGAAUGUUACUACCCAAGUUGCCCUGAAAGAUGUGAUCAAUGAUAUGGGAUUUGAGGCGACUCUACCAAGAGAAAGCUCCCUUGACCUGGAAUUUGAUAAACUGGCCAAAGCAUCUAUUGAAGCAAAGGAAAAAGAAACCAUGAUCGAUGUUGGAGGGAUGGUCUGUAUGUCUUGCGUGAAAAACAUCGAAGGAACGAUUUCAGAGAAGCCUGGAAUUAUACAAAUUCGGGUGUCACUUGAAGAUAACAAUGCCUGGGUUCGGUACGAUCCAGCUCUGACAAGUCCGGAGGCUGUAGCAGAGAUGAUUGAUGAUAUGGGCUUUGAAGCAAAGGUUUCGAAAACACCAGUUCCAAGUUCUGUUGAAAAUACUGAAGCAGUGACGAUCAGUAUAAAAGGAAUGACCUGUCAGUCAUGCGUGAAAUCAAUUGAAGGGAAUAUUUCCAAACUUGGGUCAGUGAAGAGUAUAAAGGUGUCGCUAGAGAAUGAAUCGGGUCGGAUUGUCUAUUAUCCAAACAGAACAACUCCUCAAGCAUUGGCUGAUGCUGUUGAUGACAUGGGUUUUGAAGCUUCUGUUAAAGAAAACACCAAAGCACUGUCACCAAAGCAAGUUCAUGUUAAAGCCAGCACAGUGAAUGGUUCCCUGAUAAUUGACCAGAAGACUGAAAGUGUGAGGUAUACGCCAGGUACCAAUGAGGAGGAAGAAUAUGACAAAUGUUUCCUCAAGGUAACGGGUAUGACCUGUGGAUCUUGUGUGGCGAGUAUAGAGAAAAAUCUGAUGAAAGUGGAAGGUAUAAAGUCUGUGAUUGUGGCAUUGUUGGCACAGAAAGCAGAAGUGAAGUAUGAUGCCUCGUACAUCUUACCUUCACAGAUAGCCAACAAGAUAUCAAGCCUUGGUUUUAACUCAACUGUGAUGGAAUCCGAGUCAGCUGGUCAGGGCACUGUGGAACUAAAUAUUUCCGGGAUGACUUGCGCGUCUUGCGUUCAUCUGAUUGAGUCAACUGUAAAGAAACAACAUGGCGUGAUUAGUGCCCAGGUUGCCCUAGCAACCAACAAGGGAAAAUUUGUCUACAAUACUGAAUAUGUUGGUCCAAGAACUAUCAUUCAAAUAAUACAGGGUCUUGGAUUUAAAGCAUCUCUGUAUACAGACCAUGAUAACAACGCGUCCAGAUAUGACCACAGGGAUGAUAUCAAAAGAUGGAGGACAUCAUUUCUAUGGUCACUGAUAUUUGGAGUACCAGCUAUGGCUAUUAUGAUGUACUUUAUGUUUGCACCAGCCAAGGCGGAGGAGGACCAUACCAGCCAUGAUAACAGCUCCAACAUGACGGAGACGACCACACGAAAAAUGAUGACUGGUGGUCAUGGCAACCAGUAUAUGCUCAUUCCUGGCCUCUCAUUGGACAAUUUACUAAUGUUUUUGUUGGCAACACCAGUGCAGUUCAUUGGAGGUCGUUAUUUCUACAUACAAGCAUAUAAAGCAUUGAGUCACAAAUCUGCCAACAUGGAUGUUCUGGUUGUCCUGGCAACGACUAUAUCAUACGCAUAUUCUGUGAGCGUUGUACUGGCAGCCAUUGGUCUACAUGAACCUUUCUCACCGAUGACAUUUUUUGAGACCACACCCAUGUUGAUGGUGUUUAUAUCUCUUGGAAGAUGGCUGGAACAUAUUGCUAAGGGUAAGACAUCAGAAGCACUUGCUAAGUUAAUGUCCCUGCAGGCAUCUGAAGCUGUAUUAGUGGAGCUGGAUAAAGAGUUUACCAUUAUCAGUGAGAAAACCAUAUCAGUAGAUCUAGUACAGAGGGGUGAUAUACUGAAGGUUGUGCCAGGUGAAAAGGUACCAGUAGAUGGUAAAGUUGUACAUGGUAAAUCAUCAUGUGACGAGGCUCUUAUAACUGGAGAAUCUAUGCCAGUUGACAAAACUGUCGGAUCAUCUAUGAUAGGAGGCUCUAUCAACCAGCAUGGUUUACUACUUAUUGAAGCUACACAUGUUGGGUCUGACACAACACUCGCACAGAUUGUUAAACUUGUUGAGGAGGCUCAAACAUCUAAGGCACCAAUUCAAGCUGUAGCAGAUAAGAUAGCUGGAUAUUUUGUACCUGUAGUCUGCUCCCUAUCAUUCCUGACAGCAUUGGCCUGGAUCAUUGUAGGAUAUGUUGAUGUCAAACUUAUAGAACCAAACUUUGAGGAAGGAUCGGACUAUACCAGGGAGGAGAUAAUAUUCCAGAAAGCUUUCCAGUACGCUAUUACUGUACUCAGUAUUGCUUGUCCAUGUGCCCUAGGUUUGGCCACACCCACGGCUGUUAUGGUAGGGACUGGUGUUGGGGCUACUAACGGCAUCCUGAUUAAAGGAGGAGAACCACUGGAAACUACUCAUAAGAUCAAAGCUAUAGUGUUUGACAAGACAGGAACUGUGACCCAUGGUGUACCAAGAGUUGCGCGUGUGGCAAUGUUUGUGGAGGAUAAAGUCUGUACGUUUGUGCAACUUCUCGCUGUAGCUGGAACAGCUGAGGCCAGCUCCGAGCACCCGAUUGCUUCAGCCAUUGUUAAAUAUGCAAAAGACACAUUGCAGUCGGAAUGUCUCGGAAAAGUGACCGACUUUCAAGCAGUACCAGGAUGUGGUCUCAAAUGUAUUGUAAGCAACCUGGAAUCCAUUCUUCAGUCACUAGACAUGAUUAGUGUUAACAACAGGAAGAACCUGAUAGGAAGUUUGAGGGUGAAGAUAGAUAACGUCAUGCAUAAUACGGCAAUUGAAGAAGUGUUCCUAAUUGAGGAUAUGACAAUGGCAGGUGCUGCGUCCACGAGACCGUAUGAUGUAUUGAUAGGUAACAGAGAAUGGAUGAAGCGUAAUGGUUUACAUGUGACGGAGCAGAUGGAUCUUACAAUGUCAGAACACGAGGAGCAGGGUCAUACCGCUGUCCUUUGUGCUAUAGAUGGAGUGAUCGUGUCCAUGUUGGCUGUAGCUGACACUGUAAAGUCAGAGGCUCACUUGGCUAUCAACACACUGAAAGAGAUGGGGCUACAGGUCAUCUUGCUGACUGGUGAUAACCAGAAAACUGCCAAGGCUAUUGCCCAACAGAUUGGAAUACAGAAAGUUUUUGCGGAGGUUUUACCAUCACACAAAGUGAAGAAGAUCAAAAUGCUACAGAAGAAGGGAAUGAAGGUUGCUAUGGUAGGAGAUGGUGUCAAUGAUUCGCCUGCCCUCGCCCAGGCUGAUGUUGGUAUAGCUAUUGGUACAGGCACCGAUGUAGCUGUCGAGGCUGCAGAUAUUGUUCUCAUCAAUAACAAUCUACUGGAUGUGACAGCAGCUAUUCAGCUCUCUAAGAAAACUGUAAGCAGGAUUCGUCUGAACUUCUUUGCUGCCUCUGUGUACAACAUAAUUGGGAUUCCUAUAGCUGCUGGUAUCUUUACACCAUUUGGUGUAUCACUGAAACCAUGGAUGGCGUCUGCUGCAAUGGCCGCUUCUAGUGUGUCUGUCGUCUGCUCAUCCCUGAUGCUGAAAUUGUACAGAAAGCCGAGAAAAGAGAGCCUAUUGACGACUGGUUACUGGGAAAGAUUUUAUGCUGAUCAGCAGAGUGACAACAUAUCUUUACAUCGUGGUGUCGAGGACGAACCUACCAGUAGAGAGGGUAGUCAGAAAGGCAGUAUUCUGUCCAAGCUGAGCGCGCUGAGUGGCAAGAAGAAAACACCGACCCAGGAUCAAACCAGUCUCCUCGAAGUGCAAGAUGCUUCAGACGAGGAACUUUCUCCAUGGAAGAAUCAGUUAAACGCUACACUGAGUUAAAUGCUUCACUGAGUUAAACAUAUAACAUUGAUGAACCUGUUUGAUAUUGUUUUGUGAUAGUUUGUGCCCUGGAGUUAUAAUUUUUUAGUAUCAUAUAAGACUUGAUUCUUCUUUAAAAUAUUAUUUUUUGUUUUCUAGUAAAUUUGGAAUAUAAAGCGUAUUUGUGAAAGCAUACUAUAUUUUUUUAAAGACUACAUAUGAUUGUUUAGUUAAUUAGUGAUUAUCAAAAAUGGUCACUCUUGUGAAAUGUUAGCAGGACUUUUGAUGAAAUUUUUAGAAGAUUAUUUUAUGCUUUUUGAGGUAUAUUAACAACACAGAUACAUUGUAUGAUCUAUUUCUUUAUAUGAGAAAACUUCUGUGAUUAUUGAAAGCUUUACAUGUAUCAGCCAAAUAUUAUUUCAAUAUUUAUAACAUGUCUUGUAAGAAACAGAACAUUUCUAAAAUUGAAAAGCUUUAAUAACGUAACUAGUAUAAGUAAGCCUUUGAAAUAUCUUGAAUCUGAAAAGUAUCUUUUUUACAGCACAUAUCAGUUAAGUAUAAUCAGGUAUUUUAAAGACUGCAGAUAAUCAAAAUGUAAAUGUUGGGAAUUUUUUAGCAUUGUUUGUGCCAAUAUUUGAAAUUGGUCUUUAUUAUGGCAAUUUGUCACAAUAUUUUGAGAGUUAAAAAUAGUGGGCCCUUUUUUAGAUGGUCUUUUAUUUAAAGGUUCAUUAAAGCCCAAAAUGCCUUUUUUAAAAAUACACAAUGUAUGUACAACUAUUUUGUGUGUUUUAUUAAAGUUUCUGAAACUGUUCUUAUUGGGACAUAUAGCUGAAGCAGGAGUUUUUCCUCUUGAGCAAUUAGUAAAGUUUUUGUGUCGCCUUGAAAAGGUGACAUAUAGGGGUUACUUUUGUCGGCGGCGGCGGCGUCGGCAUCGUUGUCGGCGUCGGCGUCCGGUUAAGCUUGUCCUGAGCAUAACUCAGUCACUAUAAGUCUGAUUGACUUCAAACUUGGUAUGCAUGCUUCUUUCAAUAACCCGAAGUGCAGUGCACAAUGACCAGUACUCUGCAGUUCUUAUUUUUUGAGUUAUUGCCCUUUGUUAAUUUUCAUACUUUAAUUUUGUCCGGACCAUUUCUCUUCAACUAAAAAAGCUAUGGACUUGAAACUUCAUAGGAUGAUCGAUCUCUUUAAGAAGAAAUGCAGUGCACAAGAACCAGUACUCUGCACUUCCUAAUUUUUGAGUUAUUGCCCUUUGUUAAUUUUCAUAGUUUAUUUUUGUCCGGGCCAUUUCUCCUAAUGUAUAAAAGCCAUGGACUUGAAACUUCAUAGGAUGAUAGGUCUCAUUAAGAAGAAGUGCAGUGCACAAGAACUGGUACUCUGCAUUUCUUAUUUUUUGAGUUAUUGCCCUUUGUUUAUUUUCAUACUUAAUUUUUGUCCAGGCCAUUUCUCUGAAAGUAUAAAAAUUAUGGUUUGAAACUUCAUAGGAUGAUAGAUUUCAUUAAAAAGAAGUGCAGUGCAUAAGAACUGAUACUCAGCAUUUUUUAUUUUUGAGUUAUUGCCCUUUGUUGCUUUUCUUACUUUAUUUUUGUCCUGGUCAUUUUUCCUCAAGUAUGAAAGCUAUGGACUUGAAACAUCAUAGAAUGAUAGAUCUUAUUGAUAAGAAGUGCAGUGUACAGAAACUGCUGCUCUGCACUUAUUAUUUUUUUAGUUAUUGCCCUUUGUUAUUUUUCAUAUUUCAUUUUUGUCCUGGCCAUUUCUCCAAAACUACAUUGUUCACAAGGCGACACAUCCGACUCGCGGAGUUCUAGUUUGUGAUUUAGUAUUUUGUAUGGAUGGCAAGAUAUCACUUUGAUUACGUUUUGCACUUCUGUGAUGACGGAUUAUUUCACAUUCAACAUUGGUGUCUUUACAGAUAAGCAUUUCACAUACUCUCAAUCUAUUAUUAAAAUUAUUUUCAAUUACUUUACAGGAAAAUUAUAUUUAUUUCUGAUCAAUGCUUACUGUGUCUUUAAAUUUGUUAAAUUGGUGAUUUUAAACUUAUGAGUCACUUUUUUACUUGCAUGGCUGUGCAAAUUUUACUAGGUGUAUUUUUAUGUAAAAAUAUAUGUAUAAAGUGAUUGAUUACCCAUGAAAUAUCAGCAAACCCUUUAUUUAUUAUUUAUUUGUAAGAAUAUUUUUUUUUGCAAUUAGGCUAAUGAUAUUACCAUCUAUUUUGAUAUUCUUUUUUAAAAAUUAAUUGACAUGUUCAAGUUAAAGAUAUUUAAGAGUAUUACGUUUUUAUUUUGAAGUUAAUCAUGUUUUUUGAUUUAUACUUUUUCCCAUAUACACACACCGGCUCUCACACACACUUGAACAUACACAUUAUUUAUAAGUGAAACUGUACUGUAUUUAAGCAGUUAAGAUAAAUUAUUUAUUUAGAGUUCAGUGCAACGCAAUCAUAUGAAUAAACUUUAAGAACAACUUUCAAAAGUGCUACUCUUUGGUCUUCAGUAUGUAUUUUCUUAUUUACUUACAUUUUGCAAAAUUUGCUUUUGUUUCAAUAUUUAUGUUAAAUUAAUUGACAACUAAACAUGAGGAUUUUAAUGGAGAGCUUUAAUAGUUUUUGAUAAUUUCUUUUAUAACUGAUUUUACUAAUCCUGACUAAUCAUGACAAUCUAAUUUUAUAUCUAUAUUCACUAACCACCAAUAUUGACUGGCCAGUGGUAGCAGAGUGGAACAAGUUCAACUCCCACAUUAUGCAGUCAAGAGAUGACAAAAUAUCAUUGUAACGUAUAGAUGUAGAAUUAACCUUUUAACAGUGAAUAGUUAUAAUUUAACACACGAUAUGUUUGUUAUACUAAUUAAGAAGGGAAGGGGUUUUAUGGUAGAUAAUAGGCAGUCUGGUACAACCUUCUAAAGACUUGUUUUAUUCAACAAUGAUUUCUUAAUUGAGUGAUUUUUGUAUAAGUACUGUAAAUUUUUAACUGUUUAUUACAGUUCAUAUUGGAUUGUUUAUCUCUGUGAUAUGUUUUGGGAACAACGCUAAAUUUACUUCAAUCAAUAUACUAGUGGAAUAUUUUUAUUAUUGAUAUUGACAUGAACGAGGAGAGGUAGUUUAAAUUAAAUUUCUACAAAUCUUUA